UGGUCUAGUUCUCCUUAAUUCUACCACAACCAAUGAAGAAGCUGCUAAAGCUAUUGCCAACCUCUCAGAUGCUCAGUAGCUGUACCUCAUACAGAAUCACUUUAAACUGGGUCCAACAAUAAAUAUUGUGCUUACUAUAAGAAUGGAUGCUGGCGAAGAUUUAACCCUGACUAGUUACGAGCAUAUCCCUGGCUUGUAUAUAGCGAUCAUGUGGAUGGCAUCUUUUGCCUACCUUGUGCCUUGUUUGUAAACAACAGGAAAUCACUUAUCGUCAGGUUAAGGUGAGUCACAAACACAUACAAGAUGUGCAGUAAAAUGAAAGUGGCAAUGCCUGUGGAUUGUGCAAAACAACAGAACAGGUGCUCCUGAAUGUAUAUUGCCAUUCACCACUACCUCUACUAAUUACCUCUACUAAUGCAAGGGCAUUCGUUAGCCUUGCCCUGUAAACCAACUCUGGUUCCACAAAUCCUGUCAUGCCAACCCCCUUUUUGAAAAGCUUUGUACGGGCCUGUCUCUACCAGUCACAUCCUCGAAAAAUUCUAUAACAUUCGUCAGACAUGAUUUACCUUUCAUAAAUCCAUGCUGACUUUGUCCAAUGAAUUCACCACUUUCCAAAUGUGCUGCUAUCCCAUCUUUAAUAACUGACUCUAGCAGUUUCCCCACCACCGAUGUUAGACUAACUGGUCUGUAAUUCCCCGUUUUCUCUCUCCCUCCCUUUUUAAAAAGUGGGGUUACAUUAACUACCCUAGGGACAGGGGGGCAGGGGGUUCAGGGGAGAGAUCGGUGACAAUAUUCAGGCCUGAACAUGAUGACAGCACAUAUUAGACACAAGGUGCUGGAGUAAUUCACCAGGUCAAGCAGCGUUUCUGGGGAACAUGGAUUUGUGAUGUUUCGGGUCAGGACCUUCCUUCAAAAGGAUGAUGUGUCACCCAUCCAUGUUCACCAGAGAUGCUCGCUGAUCAGAGGCUGUGUGUUGACAAGUGGCCAUUACACUAACACUGACCAUCAUCUUGUGUCCCACCCACAGACUCCGUAUACAAUGACCCAUGUGUAAACCACACCGUCCUGGAUCAGCCCUGGAGGAGCACGGAUUGUUCCAACACUCAGUGCACAAAUGACCAACAAAUCUGAUAAAAAACCUUGUUGAAGGAUGGUACAGAUUCAACAGGUAAUGUGAGGAAAUAAUUCCAUCAAACUCAGUCAGUGAGGGAGGAGGAGGGGUGAGGACAAGAUGGAAGAUCAGGUCGUCAGUUAUCACAGAGGGACAGGGAGUAAAAACUGGGAUGUGGAGAUCUCAUAUUCUGUACCGUGAGAGACGGGGAGGAUAUGGGGCCGGGAUUCACCGGGAGAUUAUCUGGCAGUGGGUGAUAUUGAAAUAGGACGGGAUGCGGACAGAUUGUCCUCAAUUCCUGGUCUCUCUCUCACUGAAUAAAAGACCCCAGUUCAGGGGCUGACUCUCUGAUUGUUGUUUCAGUUCUGGAGGAUGGAAGAUUCCGGAGACUGACGUGUUCCAAAGAAUCACUGCUCCGGGAAGAGCCCAGGCUGGUUAAACGGUGCCCAUCCCAGCGUGAGAGACGGGGAGGUGACCAGAGAAGUGUGUUUCAAAGAUGUUGGUGACGGUGGGUCUGGAGAAGAGUGCAAGGACAAGCUGGACAUCAAGGUUAAAAAACUGCAGCAGUUACUUUGUGUAUGAGCUGAAGCCAACACACAGUGACCAGGUGUAUUGUACAGCCGCAGACUCCGCACUCGGUGACCCGUGUGUAAACCACACCGUCCUGGACCAGCCCUGGAGGAGCACGGAUUGUACCGACACUGAGUGCAGCAAUGGACAAUGGCAGAAUGAUGAAAAGCACGGAGUGGGGUGGUACAGAUUUAAGAGUUCUGGCGGAUGGAAGAUUCCCGAGACUGUUGUUCCCACCCAUCACUGCUCCGGGACGAGCCCAGGCUGGUUAAACGGUUCCCAUCCCAGUGUGGGAGACGGGGAGGUGAACAGGACAGUCUGUUUCACCUGGGAUGGAAACAACUGUAACAGACAGCAGGAGAUCAAGGUGAAACACUGCGGAGGUUUCUUUGUGUAUCGGCUGGAGCCCACACUCUGCUGUGACAACGUGUAUUGUACAGAUCCACACUCCGUACCAACUGGGGAAUCCCAGGAAACAACAGCCCAACCCCAGGAGGAUUUGUCCAAGGUCCCAGAACCAGAUACAAGCUCAGAUCCACCGUUGGGCACAACUCAGGAACCCCAGGGAACAACGAGUGGAGACUCUGGUCAGGGUUUGACCAGUGACCCAGCAGGGUCUGUAAGCUCAGGACCCGAGGGUGCUGGAACUGAGGCGCACAAAAAGUCAACAACCAGAGAGCCCAGCGGGACACCGUCCACUGCCCCAAAGGAAGAGACUUGUUCAGCCCCCUGGCUGCUGACGGAGAAGGAGUGCGAGAGGUUGAUCAGCGAGGCACAAGUGCUGUUCAUUGGGGACCAGGGAUCGCCCGAGGACAUGAACGUCUAUCUCCAGGAGUUACGUGAGAUACUGAGGAAGCAGCUCUACUGUAAAUAAGUCAAGCCCAAGGAUUAACAGACCGGAAAACGGAAGAAGUGGGGAAGCAGCUGAGCAGAUCCUGCAUUCGGAUCAUCAACAGAAGAUUGUGCGAGUGUGGGGUGUGGGGUGGGCUGUU